CUAGACAAAAUACAGGAGUUCGCAGAUGAUGGGGAAGCCGGGAAGGUAGGCGAAGUCUUAGAACUAGUUGUCUAGUACUAGUCUGCUGGAGCAGAGAAGAAGACGACGAAGAGUGAUCGGACCGGUGGAGUUAGAAAAUAUGGCGCGGGAGCAGGAGGAGGAAGAUAUGGACUCCUUGUUCGAGGGGAUGGAAUUGUUCACGCCCUCCCAAACGGUGAACGACGACCCACAGCACUCCUCCCCUCUGGACGAGAACCUCUUCUCCAACCUCACUAUUGUUACUUCGAAUCCGACCACUUCAACCACUAGUAUCCCUUCUCAAUCUCAAUCUGACGAUCCAAUCCCUAUAUCAACACCGGCAACUGUGACUACCGCGACAGCCAUCUCGCGGAAUAUUUCCAGGAAGAAGAAGAGAGCUGCCGGCCUCAGAAUUGGAUUUGGGAGAGAUUCCCGCCUGUCAUCAGAUCUUCCGUCUGACGACCACGAUGAUACCACUAUACGGUUUCACGAGGACGAAAAGGAUGCUCGUCUAACCUCGUCGUCUGAUGAUCUGCCUUCUCACGACCACGAAGGUAUUAAUUUACGGUCUCACAACGAGGAGAACGAUGGUAGUGUAGACGAAGACGAUAAUGGGACCGAAUUCGAGCAUAUAAAGGCCCAGAUUCACGAGAAGCUCAACCGGGCUCGGAAUUUGGUUGCCUCAGCUUCCGCUGCCCGCAAGGAUUCCGUUAAGAGGAGAAGAAAGGUGGUCCAGAACGUGAAUUUGGCGUCCCAAAAGCACAGGGAGCUCGAGCUUCAGUUGGAGGACGCCUGUGAGGCCGAAGAUUUUGAGAAGGCCGAAAGGAUCAGCGAUAGCCUUGCAGCUGCUGAGAAGGAGAAGCAACUCUUGCUCAAUACGCUUAGAGAUGCUGAUGCAGAUUGCGAUUCCAUAGAAAAUAAGAUGCAGGAGGCUCUCCAGUUCCAACUUGAUGCGGAGCAAGAGUCUGCUUUUCUGCUUCAGAAUUUUGCUACGGAUGCUGCAAAUAAUGCAGAUUUAGUGUUGAAAAAUGCAGAGGGGAUGUCUUCGAUAGAAAUGGAUGAAUGGUUUUCAUCAACUGAAGCACUGGAAGGCAAGAAGAUAGAAUUAGAAAUUGAAUCUCAUUUAAUUUCUGAAGCUCGUGAUGUACUGAAUGAUUCAAUUGAGCCUUCAAUUGAAGACCAUAGAAGAGAGAAAGAGAUCCUCUAUCAGAAAAAGGAGACACUUACUGUUGAGCUGCAGAAACUGCUUGCUUUAGUAAAGGAGAAAGAAAAGGAGAUAUCGGAAAAUGACUCUACUAUAAAAGCAGUGGAGGAAAGGAUUGCUGAUAUUGUCUCUGGUUUUCAGGAGAUGCAGUCGAGCAUUGAUGAUAAGUACAAUAAAUUACAAUCUGGCCUUUCUCAGUUGCACUUGGAGAGUGAUGAUCUGUCCACCAAAAAGAAGAAAAUUGAUGAGUUCCUCAGUGAGGAAGACAUCAGGGGAGAAAAGCUUAGGGAACUUGCCAGAAUUUCUGCGGAUGAAGCGAAAACUUAUGAGGCAGUUGUUGAUCUGAGGAAAAACUUGAUGAAGUCCAUUCUGAAGUCAAGGGAACAUAAAACAAGACUUGCAAAGUCUGAGGAGAGGCUUUCUGAGGAUUUAGAAAUGCUCCGACAUGAGGUUUCUGCUGCAAGAGCUUCACUGCAGGAGCUGUCUUCAACUAAGUCAAGCAUCCAGCAAAAUAUAGCAUCCUUUAAGCAAAAAAUUCUCUUCAUAGACAAGAGAGUUCCAGAGCUGGAGACAGAAAAAAAGGUUGCUGCCACUGCCAGAAACUUCAAGGAAGCUGCUAGAAUAGCUGCUGAGGCCAAGAAACUGAGCUUUGAAAAGGAAGGCGUACAGAUUGACAUGGAGAAAGCCCUAAUAGAGCUAGAGAAGCUUGAGGACGAUAUUAAAAACACUAUAAGUAAGUUGCAGGAGACUGAGGGACUUAUUUUGUCCAAAGAAAAAGAGUUGGCAAAAGCUAGAUUCCAGAGGUUACUUUUAAUUGCCGGGGCUGCUAUAGCUGAAAGAUCUGCUGCUCUAGAGUUGGGUGACACUGAAGAAGCUAACCUUCUAUUGGCAGAGGCUGAAGAAGCCAAGUCGGAAGCCAAAAAGCUUCAACCGAGUUAUAAUUUUAGCGAGGAGGAGCUUGUGUAUUUACCGAGACAUUUCAUUUCCAUGGAACUUGUAUCCAAUCUUGCCAGAGACCAGUUGGCAGAAUUGGCAACUUCUGUCUCUGCAGAUGAUUAAGCAGCAAAGAAUUCUCUGGGGAUUUACGGAUAGGCCGUGGGAGAUUUAUCGGCUGCAAAUAGCAUCCUAAUCACUGGACAUCUUAAGAAUGCUAAAACAACUCAAAAAAUGUGGAGAAAGAGUGCAAAAGUGACUGGUAUUCUCAUCUCCUCUUUCCGAUAUAUGAUUCUUCCAGCUUUGAUUCCUUUAACAAGAUGUCCUAUAUAUGAAUAAAAUUUACUUUUUACAUGUUAUAUUUUGUGAGCAUGGUUGAUUCAGCUUCCCCAUC